AUGGUUACAGAAAUACCACCGAACAUGGAGAAGCUUGCUCAGAUUGAAAAAAUAAAUGGAGGACUCAUUGUUACAAAGAAUACUGGUGUUCCAGAUUUAUCCUUCCUAUCGAAUUUGAAAGAGAUACUUACUUCACGCAACAGAACUUGGAAAUUAAGUCGACAAUGCCAGAUAAAUUUGCUCUGA